GGCCCGCUGCCCGAGCACAAAGCCGCCAUCAGCGCUCGCCUACUUCACGGUUGCAGCCGUAGUUCUGGUCCUAGCCGGCAAUGUUCGGCAAGUCCCUGGCGCACGACUGUCCCUCGGGGGGCAACGCACCCCUGCCCGUCCGUCCACAGCUGCAGUCCGGUCCGCCAGCCCCUCGGUCGAGAGCUGCUGUCCAUCGGGAGCUGGUGAGCCACCGCCAUUAGCCCCAUCAGAUCAGCCGGGCCUGCCAAAGCAGCUGAGGUGUGCCCCACCUCCUGAAAAUGGCAUGCUGAAAGCUAAAUAGAGGAACCUGGAUUGUGCAAGGAGAAGUAGUGUUAAGAGGACAAGAGAGCAAAUGGAGAACUUUGCAGUGCGACAGAAGGGUAAAAGAGAAACGCCAGGGGGUGACACACAACUGGAUGACUCUGGGAGCACAGAAAGGCAAAAGAAUGGCCCGGUGGCAUGCCAAAAGGAAAUUGGAAAACCCUGAGGCACACCAAAAAGCACGUGGAAAAGUCUGAGACAGAAGGAAGGCUAAACAGAAGACUUUGUCACGCUUUGCAUGACAAAUGGCAGGCCUUCCUACACACCAAAACGCCCCUAAUGCAUGUAAUGGGGCUCAGUGGGGCUGACAGGAAGUCACCUGUCCCUAUGGAAAUUCCAACCCCCACCACCGAAGGCCCCAGCCCUUGGCGCCAGACACACCAGGAAUGUCUCAGGAGCUGAUGGAUAAUCCAGGACCGGCUUUCAGGACCCUGCACGGCACUGGACGGAUCCUGGCAGCCCCCAGGGUGAUGCAAACAGUUCCUAACAGCCAAAUGUCUGUGGCAAUGUGAGAGAAAUUCACUGCAGCCCUGUGAACAGCACAGGGGUUGCUCUAGAACCUUAAGGAACCUUAAAAUGGUCCAAGAGCCCUUAGGACUGGUCCCCAUCUCCUCAGACACAAUGUGUAACGUGGAGCUCAGUGUUGAGAUGCUUUUUACUGAUUGCAAAAGCUUGUGGGAGCUCCACUCAUGGAUGAUGACAUGGCGUGUCUGUCGGAGACUGGGUGCUGAGACCGGAGGAAGCUGGGUGUGUCCCCCACGGGGUGGUGUUAACACUGGGCAGUGUGUGAGUCCAGCCCCACAGAAAGGAGGCAGGCAGCCCACAUCUUGCUCACUCAGACACACUGCAGUCAUGCCUUCGGAGCACCUCUGGGGAAGCAUCCUUGCUGAGGGCUGUUUGUGCCAUCUGAGAAAGGCACAAUGACAUCUAGUGCUUGGAAGCAGAAAUGAAGCAUAUUCAGACUGAAAAACAAGUUUGUUUUUCCUCCGUGGGAGGAAUCAGCUGUUGGAACAACUUGUCCAAGGAGAGUGUAGACCUGGGCGACCACCACAAACCUGAGUUUAGAAGAGUUUUUAGUUCUUCCAUCAUUGAAAAUGGGCAUCAGUCUUCAUCAGGUCAGGCAAAAGCCUCCCAUGAACUGACCUCUUCUCAUACGUCAGACUCUUCCCCUGAAGCCCAUGCCCCUGCAGUCACCCUACAGAUGCCCCACCUUCCCGUUACUGCAGUAACCAGGAUAUCAGAGAAGUUUUCAGGAGAGACCAUCUGUUCAACAGGAACAACUAAUGUGUCUGCUGGCUUGCUGGGACAGAGCAAGAGCAAAAAUGCGAUGGCAUUGAAAACUCCCAACCAGUCAGUGAAGGCCUGGAAUUCAAGUACGGUGAGAACAAUGGGUUCAUCUGCCACUGGAGAGAAUACCACUUCUGUCACUAAGUCUGUCGCAACUGUGAGCUCUGGGACGAGUAGUGGAACCAAAACUGGUGAAAGUGCCACUGACAGUUACUGUGAUGUGACCUCCAGCUCUCACUCCUCUCCUCCCACUGUACAUCGCCAAGUUGAAAGGAGGCGAGAACUCGUGCGGUCUCAGACACUCCCACGGAUUACAGGAACACAGGCCAGGAAAGCACUUUUCGAUAAAUUUGAACACGAUGGUGGAAAAGGAAAAGGAGAAUCCAGAGCUAAGCUGAAGAGGUCGCAGAGUUUUGGGGUUGCCAGCGCUAGCAGCAUUAAACAAAUUCUGUUAGACUGGUGUCGCUCAAAAACCAUAGGAUACAAGCACAUUGAUCUCCAGAACUUCUCCUCAAGCUGGAAUGAUGGGAUGGCAUUCUGUGCUCUUGUGCAUUCUUUCUUUCCUGAAGCUUUUGAUUAUAAUAAGCUUGACCCAGCUAAUCGCAAGCAGAACUUUGAGCUGGCCUUCACCAUGGCUGAGAAGAUGGCUCACUGCGAUCGUCUGAUAGAAGUGGAUGACAUGAUGGUGAUGGGUCGCAAGCCAGAUCCCAUGUGUGUCUUCACCUAUGUGCAGUCUCUAUACAACCAUCUACGACACUUUGAGUAAAACCAUUGACAUCUCUCCAGCCAGAAGGGUCAAGUACAGCAUGCUAAUGGGAAGAGUGACAUUUUGCAAAUGGAACGCAGUGUUAUUUCUUGCUUUUUACUGUCCCUUUGCUUACAUUCAGCUGCGUGGCUGGCUGACUGAAGUGUUGCUGAGCAGCGCCCCGAAGUGUUGAUCACAUCAGCAUGUCAGUAAUAUAGAAAUACAUUUGAAAAAGACAAAAAAACAUAGGGAAAGGCAAAUGCUGUCAUUUUGGUGCUAGGAGUAGGUUGGAUCUUUAAUAUUCUUGUGUUUAAAGAUCACAGAAAGCUAAUUUGCAGCUCCUGUCUCUCUUAGGCUGGGGACACGGGUUUAUGCAGUGACAAAUAACUGCUGCAAAGGUGUUCUCUCUUAAAAUGCAGGUAAAACUCCAGAAGAUAGCACCUUCGGUUCCACUUCUCCAUUGAGCAUAGCACAAAAGAAAUAGCAGAUGGACAAGGAAAAUUCCAUUUAGCAAAUAAUAA